AUGACUAGAAAUCAUGUGGGCUUUGCCCGCGCAGGUUCGAAUCCUGCCGCUCACGAUUUUUGAAUUAUUUUUAUCACUGUAUUGGUCAGAGCGCGCGCGAAUAUAUUGAACGAUCUACAACCGGAAAAGGUUUCCGAUUGUCAGGCAGGUUCUGCCGGUAUAUAUUGACCAAGUCACAAACAUAGCUGGAGUUCCAGAAACUUCCAAAAUUAGCGUGGAACAUCAAAGCACUCCAUAUUUAGCACAUCUCCACAGUGCCCCGUGUGGUUAAUCCACAAAAUAUGAGCUAACAAAUAGCAAGGUAGUUUUGGAUUAACACAAACCAUCCACAAUGACAUUUAAUUUGUAAAGCCCAUUUUCUACCUCUAGUCGUCUAAACCCCGAUUGGUAGCUGUUGGUGUUGGUGGCGGUGGCCGUGGUGGCCGUUGGUGGUGAUGGGGAGUGAGACCACUGCACGAUCAAGGAAAGUAAUGGUGGUGGCAGACCCAAGCCGCGAAUCAGCAGGUGCGCUUCAAUAUGCACUUUCCCAUGUAGUUGUUGAGAAUGAUGAGCUCAUACUUCUCCAUGUCGAAAGUUCAUAUUCUUGGUGGAACACAUUUUCGUUCAGAAAGAUAUAUAGUCUAACGCCAGGUCCCAUGCCCAACUCAUCUGAAGGAGGCGGUGGAGUUGGGGAAGGUGACUUUCUUGAAGCAAUGCGGCAGGUGUGCCGGAUUGCCCAGCCAAAAAUCCCUGUUCACUUAGAAAGGACUCAAUUAAUGGAGGAGACCAAGGACAAGGCGAAUACUAUCCUUAACAAAAGCAACCUGUUAAGGGUCGAUCUUCUUAUUAUUGGCCAGAGACGAGGUUUCUCUACUGCAAUAUUAGGCACGAGCAGGUAUAAACUGUCAGGAGGGUCGGGUACAAAGGGGUUAGAUACAGCGGAGUAUUUGAUUGAGAACAGCAAGUGCAGUUGUGUUGCAGUGCAGAAAAGAGGACAGAAUGCAGGUUAUGUGCUAAAUACAAAAACCCACAAAAACUUCUGGCUCCUAGCAUGAUCAUUUUUGGUCAAUCUCACAAAAUUACUUGAAAAUCCUGCAAGCUUCAUAGAGAUGAUCACUUCCGAGGUCAGCUUCCUCUAUAGUGAUGGCAAUUGAUUCAAGAAGAAAUGCAUCGGCCAAUCAAGUGACUCCAGACCCAUUGCUCCCCCUAAGCCUCGCUUGUUUAUGACACAUACAAAUCAAUUUCAGAACUUGAGAUUGUUAAUACUUUCAUUGCCAGAUUGAGUAAAACUUUUUAUUCAA